GUGCACAUGAGUGGCUGGGUUACUGAUUACAGGUGAUGUUAUAGUUUGUUUGUGAUAAGACUCUUGCUUUAAGCACAAAGUCCUGUCAGGUACACUGAGCCUUCAGCUGCUUUAUCACAUCCUUCCCCUCCCUCCAGGACCACUGCUGCCUCUCAGGUCCUUUGUUGGUGUGUUUUUCUGCUUUCUGGCAUCUGUUGAGCACACAGCAGCAUCAUGAGUGUAGAGUCCAAAAGAACACGUGAGUCCUGCUGCUCCAACCUUAAGCUCUUCCUGGCCUCUCUGGCAUUUGUAUACUUUUCCAAAGCCUUCGGUGGAGCCUAUAUGAAGAGCUCCAUCACCCAGAUUGAGAGGCGCUUUGAUAUCCCCAGCUCCCUCAUUGGGGUCAUAGAUGGCAGUUUCGAAAUGGGUAACCUGCUGGUGAUAGCAUUUGUGAGCUACUUCGGUGCUAAGCUCCAUCGCCCCAGGCUGAUUGGAAUUGGCUGUGUGAUCAUGGCUGCGGGAUCUUUCCUCAUAGCAUUGCCUCACUUCUUCCAGGGACAGUAUAAAUAUGAGACCAGUAUGUCUCACAACACAGACGUCAACAGCACUGAGGGCACCCUGCCCUGUCUGUCCAACCACAGCCUGGCUGCUGCAGAUGAGACACCUGAUUUAGAGACCAGAGCAGCUUGUGAAAAGGCUGCUGGCUCAUCCAUGUGGAUCUAUGUGUUCUUGGGAAAUAUGCUGCGUGGAAUUGGAGAGACUCCCAUCAUGCCUCUGGGUGUGUCCUACCUGGAUGACUUCUCCAAAGAAGAGAACACUCCCUUCUAUUUGGCCUGCAUCCAUACAGUGGGGAUCCUAGGACCUAUGUUUGGGUUCAUGCUCGGGUCCUUCCUUGCCAAGAUCUACGUGGACAUCGGAUCUGUAGAUUUAGAAAGUAUCACCAUCAACCAUAAAGACUCCCGCUGGGUGGGGGCCUGGUGGUUGGGCUUCAUAGCAACUGGCACCUUGAUCCUGCUGUCCAGUAUCCCAUUCUGGUUCCUGCCCAAGUCUUUGCCCAAGCAGGGGGAAGAGCAGAGCCAGAGUAAGAGCACAGAGCUCGAUACGAUGGCAGAGCAGGAGAAUUUCCUACCAGAUGAAAACCAGGAUCAGGAGGAAAAGGAGAAGCCAGUUACAUUCAAGGAGCUGGCUAAAGAUUUCGUUCCGUCUCUGAGGAGACUCUUCAAGAACCAGAUCUUCGUGCUGAUGAUCCUCACGUACCUGGUGGCUGUCAACGGCUUCAUUGGCAUGAUCACCUUCAAGCCAAAGUUCUUGGAGCAAAUCUACGGCCAAUCUGCCUCCAAGGCCAUUUUCCUCAUAGGUAUACUGAACCUGCCAGCAGUGGCUUUGGGCAUCAUUACUGGAGGUUUUAUACUGAAGCGCUUCAAGCUGGGAAUCAUCGGAGCAGCCAGGGUUUCCUUCGCUGCCUCUCUCGGCUCCUUGUGUCUGCUCUUCGUUCAGAUCUUCAUCCACUGUGACAAGGCAGAGGUUGCAGGUCUUACUGUCACAUAUCAGGGAGCUCCUCAACUGUCCUACAACCAACAGACCUUGCUGUCACAGUGCAACAUGGGCUGCUCCUGCUCGUUGAAGCAUUGGGACCCAGUGUGCUCCUACAACGGAGUGACGUAUGCCUCGCCCUGCCUGGCUGGCUGCCAGACGUCCUCCGGCUCCGGCAAGGAAAUGAUGUUUCAUAACUGCACCUGCAUUGGAGAGACGAUGACUCAGGGCAUGAACAUGUCCACAGUGCUGGGCCAGUGCCCCAGGAGGAGCAACUGUGAUUACAUAUUUAAGAUCUACAUGGCUCUGUCUGUCGUGGGCUCUUUUAUUUCUGCCUGUGGGGGCACACCGGGAUACAUCGUACUGCUCAGGUCCAUACAGAAAGAUCUGAAAGCACUGGCUUUGGGUAUGCAGACACUGAUAGUAAGAACUCUGGGUGGGAUACCUCCUCCUAUAUAUUUCGGAGCACUGAUUGACCGAACCUGUUUGAAGUGGGGGACCAAGCAUUGUGGGGGCCGCGGAGCAUGCAGACUCUAUAAUGCUGAUGCAUUUAGAAUGACGUUCCUGGGGUUGAUUACUGGACUCUACUUCUUGUCCAACUGCCUCUGGGCAGUCCUCUACGUCAAAAUUGUCAAGAAACAGAAGAAGUUAACACUCAGGAAUCAGGACAAAGAAAAUGGACAGGAGGGUAACAUAAUGGGCAAUGGACACGCCAACAUCAGCAUUGUCAAAAACAAACAAGACGCGGACAAUGAGAGCACUAUUUAAGGUAUUUGAGGAAGGUGACACCUACUAUAAUGCAGGUGAACGACACAGAUUUCCACUGCCGAAGUACUGGGCUGCAUUCAUAGAGGACCAAAUGUGGUAAUGGUACAGUGUCAGCGCUCUUUGGUCUUUGAGCAAUACACUUCUUUACUCCUGCUGUUUGUUCUCUUCAGAGGUCAAAGAUCCUGACGAGAGCUUAGUUUUAACAUAAACAACAAUCAAAUGACAUCGAAUGAUGUGCAAUCCAUAUUCUUAUUAAACACAUGAAGGUCAUUUUUAGCUCUACUUAAAAAACAACAGUCAGAAAAGAUAAUGGGAAAAUACAGUAUGCUGUUCACUGAUGAAACAUUUCAGUAUGAUUAGGAUGUGAGAACAAAAGAUAUCAAAAUAUUAAUAUUUUUGACUCUGAGCUUGUGUCCACCAUUUCUACUUGAAUAGCAUUAGGUCAGUUAAUGAUAGUAAUGUCUCAUCCUUUAUCUUUACAUGUAAGGUGAUUUAUGCAUACAGUCUAUGUACAAUAUAUGUACAGUGUAUAGUUUUUAAUACUAGUACAAUACAACUGAAUAUGUUGUAGUAUCACUUAGUAACGGGAAGUAUUGCUCAUGUUUUUUCAGUUCUUGACAAUGUUUUCUUCAAUAUUUUUCAAUGCCAUAUCAUGAGUUUGUAAGCUGAUACAGCCUACAUCAUUGUCUUCAAACAGCAAAGUAAUGAGGAUAGUGAGGAUUCAAAUUCAGGUUGUGUUAGUGUUUAGAUAGAAGUUAAUUACGUAAAUGUACAGCUUAAACUCACCAAGUAAAUGAGCCAAGUUAUAACAAGGAAGAAAUCAGACCAGGAUUCCUGACAUUAGAAGGUAAAACUAUUUUUGUAUGAUAAAACUGGCAUAAUUAACACAGUCAUUGAUUGACUUCCUAAAUAAGUGACUUGUAAGAAAGGCCCCCUUGCAAAAUUCUAGGAUACAAUAGGUGGUAGAAACUGUGUGGCUGCAGAGCAGUAAAGAGCUUUGCUUCCCUCUGUUGAGGAUUGACAGAUUCAGUGUGACUGCUGCAGGCUCAUUCAGUCAUCAAAAGCAACAGAAGUUGUCUGUGAGGGAUAAAACUUGCUGUCUGUAACAAUAGAUUGCCAGUGUGUCUGUGUCUUUGUGCACUACAUUCAUGCAAGUACAAAGCGGUUGGUCGGUGGAGACGUGGUCACAACACCAUUUUUGCUACUACCUUUUUUGGUAGUUUGCAACUCCAAAGGGUCAAAUAUGAGUAACUUAAAGAUAUACAAUAGUUUGGCAUAAUGGAAAAAUGCUCUUCUUCACUUUCUUGUCCAGAGUUUGAUAAAAAAAAGGUCAAUAUCACUCUCAUGUCUGGUAGGUAAACAGAUUAGCCUGCAGGUUAGCUUAGCACAAAGGCUGGAAAUGGGGGGGAAGCAACUAGCCUAGCUCUAAAAAAGCAUAAAAUAACAACAAAACAGUUUGGAAUAACUCAAAACUGUUAAAAUAAUUACAUUAUGAUCUCAUUAGGGCAUCUUGAAAGGACUUAUGGGGCCACACUGAGUAAAAUGGCAACAAUAAAAUAGCAAAAAACAAUCUGGGCUGAUUGGUAGAUUUGGAAAUUUGGACAGAGCCAGACUAGCUGCAUCCCUUUGAUUCCCUGCUUUGUGCUAAACUAAGCUACCUGACUCCAAAGCUGUUGGCAGUAACCUAAAGUGCAGACAAAGUAUUAAAGUUUCAUCUGACUUUUAUUCACAGGCUACAUCUGCUAACCUUUAUUAUGAAUGUGCCCCAGUGACAUUUGACGUGUCUGGAUAUCUCACCUUUACAUACACUUCCUGUUACAUCACAUUAGAAACAAACUGCUAAAGGUCAACGUUCAACAUUGUCUGGAAAAGUUCAGUGGGUUAAGAGUAACUCAGAUUGUAUUACUCUGUUAUACAU